CGUUUCUACCGCUCCUCAUGAGUCAUGACCCGAACGGGGCAAGCUCACGGAGACGACGAAAAUAUCGCCGCCCACCGCUCACCCUCCGCAGAAAAUCUUCCACGGCGAUACAACGACGAAAGCGCUGGUUAGCGAGCCGACAGCUCUGGAAGAUAAACCUGUCACGAGCUUUUGCGACACGUGUACAGUGGACACCUGUCCCCUUCCGCAAGCAAAAGAAAAAGUUUCCUACGCAGUCAUAUUUAUUGGGGGAAACGAAAUGACAAUAAUAGAGACAGAAAACACCCGCGCUCCCUUCUAGGCUGAAAGUAAGAAAGAGAGUGAGUGAGUUCUGCAAGAAGCGAGUUGGGGGCGAGCUGGGUGUGGGGAAAGUGAAGGAAGGGAAAGGAAGAAUUGACUAUUGAGGUUUGAGGAGCAAAAAUGGAGGGCGAGCCGACUCGCAUAAUGAUCGCGGUGAACGAGUCAUCAAUCAAGAAGUAUCCGCACCCGUCCAUCAGCUGCAGGGGAGCUUUCGAGUGGACUCUGGAGAAGAUCGUCCGCUCCAACACUUCUGGAUUCAAGCUCCUCUUCCUCCACGUCCAAAUCCCCGACGAGGAUGGUUUCGAUGACGUGGACAGCAUAUUCGCAUCUCCUGAUGAUUUCAAGCAAAUGGCUCGUAGGGACAAGGCUAGGGGUCUUCAUCUGCUAGAGUAUUUCGUGGAUAGGUGCCAUGAGCUUGGGGUUGCCUGUGAGGCCUGGAUUAAGAAGGGUGAUCCGAAGGAGGUGAUCUGUCGCGAAGUGGACCGUGUUCACCCGGAUUUCCUGGUCGUUGGAAGCCGGGGUCUCGGCCCUUUCCAGAGGUAUGGUGAUCUGUUGUUUCAUAAACACUUGCAAUCUAUUGAACUACUGGCCCAUUUUGUAGACAUUGAACGGUAACUUAGGACUUGUGCACUUCAUGGCAUUGACUGGGAGAGUUCUUUCUUGCUUUGAUGGUAAUACUUUGGCAGGGUGUUUGUUGGGACAGUGAGUGAGUUUGCCCAGAAACAUGCCGAGUGCCCCGUGAUCUGUAUCAAACGCAGAGCUGAUGAGACCCCUCGGGAUCCAGUUGACGACUGAUGUCCGCAUGCAAUUGUUCUUUCUCCGUGUGAUCGAUUCUGAUACUGUAAGAUUGCGGUUUUCAGCGUGUGAAUGAAAGAUUGAGAGCAUAUGAAGUGGAUGAACUGAGUGUUAGUACUUGGUAGUAUGGAAGAUGAAAGACGAAAGACCGGUAAUUCUUUUGUUCUUUUGGUGGAACAGUACUCCUGGAAUUCGGCUCGGAAUUUUCUCUGCUUCCUGUCUUGUAUAAUGCCAUUGCCUCACUAUAGCGAUAAAAUACUACACUUCGAGAGUACAAUAGCGGGAACUAUAUUUACUGCUUGUGAGGGAGCAAAAAUGAUGCCAUGAUUUUGCGUUGUGUUGCCAUCCAAUAAAAAGUUGGGACAAACACACAAGCUUAUCCAAAAAACAAUAUCUAGCG